AUGAAAUGUCCUCCUGGUCCUAAAGGGGACAAAGGUGAUUCGGGGCCAAGAGGUGAACAGGGCCCAGUGGGGAAACAAGGUGAAUCCGGAACAAAGGGAGCUAAUGGCGACAAAGGUGACAAAGGCGACCAGGGUGAUAAGGGCGACAAAGGUGACCAGGGUGACAAAGGUGACCAGGGUGACAAAGGUGACCAGGGUGACAAGGGCGACAAAGGUGACCAGGGUGAUAAGGGCGACAAAGGUGACCAGGGUGACAAAGGUGACCAGGGUGACAAAGGUGACCAGGGUGACAAAGGUGACAAGGGUGACAAAGGUGACAAGGGUGACAAAGGUGACAAGGGUGACAAGGGUGACAAAGGUGGCAGUGGCGAGAAUGGUGACCAGGGCGACAAUGGUGACCAGGGCGGCAAUGGUGAUCAGGGCGACAAUGGUGACAACCAACGUCCUAAUAAUAGCACAACUCAACAAGGCUUGUCGCUCUCGGAGCUCGAAGCCCUUCGGCUUUGCCAGCCCAAGUCAAAUACCGAUGGCAAAGAAGUCAAGGUUGGCGGUGUGACAUACAAGAUAAAAUGUCGGCGAGUCAUUGCCGGGGAAAAAUACAGUGUAUUCAACACGCAUCGUCUUGAAGAGGCUAUGGUCAUUUGUUCAACCCUGCCCGGCUGUGAAGCAGUCGGCGCUAGUGGAAGUUCCAUCGUCACAUGGAACCCCAAUCGUGAUGUCGAAACAGCCCCAUCACCUGAAGGAAUAGUUGCUGUCGCAAUGCAGGCGCGACCAUCGAAAGACAUUCCGCCAAACAUCAAGAAGGCUCGAGGGAGCGAAUGCCCAGACAUUCAUGGAUCAACACUGGAUGUAGGUGGCGUCAAAUAUGAGAUCUUCUGCACAAGCAAGAGGAACACGCUCAAAGACCCCGUGAAAACAAUGAGUGCGGAGAAAAAUGUUUUCGAAUGUCUUGCACUAUGCUCCUCAGAGUCCACCUGCAGAGUUAUUGCGCCAACGGGGCCCACACAGAAGUGCUCAAUUUCUGACAAGCAGGAGUCAGGAUUUGAAAACGAUCAAGGGGAGAGUAGGAUCUAUUGGGUUGCUCGUGCCAUGAAUAGGGGUUAA